GUCCCACAGCUCUAUAGAAACAGCACAACCAUGGAUAGAGGCACAGAGAACUCAAAAAUGUCUUCUGUGCAUAAUGACACACCUUAUUCCCAUAGUUUUCUCCUAUCUGCUCUGUGUAAACACAGUCUGCAGUUUGGUGGAAAAGUCCCAGAGUUUUUGUCAUGUCACUGUUGGUUGCAGGUGAGUCACUUAUAGCAUCAUAGCUGCACCACAAAGUGUAGAUUUUUUAUUUUCUUUUAAAUUUUUGAAAAGAAUUUUUGGCAAAUUCUUUAAAAGCAAAACGUAGAAUAAAGGGAUUUUUAUGAAAUAUUAUGAUUUUAAACUUAGAUUUGGUGACAUCUUCCAGUAGAAUAACAUGUCAAAGAUAAGUAGUUUGAGUUUAUGGUCUCAAGAGCACAGAAUUUAUUUUAUUUUUAUCAAGUUACAACAAAUUGUUCACUUUCAGCAAAAUUUUAACCGAGAAAUACAGAAUAAAAUGAUUUCGAUGGAAUGUCACGUAAGUCAAGGACUGAUGGAAGUUGUACCUUCUGCCAAUUUAUUCUGUUUUCUUAUUUUUCUAAUUCUGCCUACAUAAUCUGAAUUUGUGUAUCGGGCUGAAGGGCAGGCUCAAUGAACUGAAAACUGAAACUUAAUGCUUGAAGUCAAAGGUCAAUGAAAAUUCAAAGAAAAAAAAAAGUGACUAAUAUUAAGUCAAGUUUCCACUCCAGCUCUCCUUUAAGCUGUAUUGUGAAAAUGUCAGGUCUGUUCAUGUGCGGCCAUCUUCACCCACACUGUGCCUCGAUUAAACCUCAAAUUCUCUUUCAGGUUUUCCCGCUGAUACUUUGCAUAAUUUUUAGUCCGCAGGGUUAUGAACUUAUGGUUGAUGCCCAACAAAAAUGUCCGAAAACGUGCGAACCUGGAUAUUAUUUCCAUAAUCAUGAAGAAUGUAAAAAAUGUGCUGAACACACACACACAACAAUACCAAACUGUCUCUUGCACUGCAUCAGGUGUGAGUCAUGUAGUCAUUUCGAGGUUCAAAUAAGGCCUUGCUCCUUUAACAGCAGCGUGCGAUGUGACUGUCCGACGGAUUUCUACUAUUCGAGCGAAAGGCACUGCACAAAAUGCUCCCAUAACAGAUGCAUUCAGGAUAAUGACAAUCACGACUUUAUCAGGAAGUGCCAGCCCUGCCAAAAGAAGCAGUAUCUGAAUGUGCCAGCGUGCCGGAGUAAAUGCGCCAACAUCCCUCUACCAACCACUGCAAGUCCAUCUACAACCACAGCGGCAUCGAAAAACAUUCCAACUUCCUCUCCGUCUCCAGCUUCAACUCGACCUUCAUCUACAGGACCCGUGACUUCAAACAGUGCACCAAACCCUGUUGUAGUUCGACAUAACUCAGGCAACCACAUGCCAUGGUUUUACUUUGUGGUGGUUGGGAUCCCUUCUCUGCUGGUCUUUUUGCUCCUGCUGCUCUUCACCAGGAACCAGUUCAGAUCUCAAGACACUUGUCAAACAUGGAGUGAAAACGCAGAUUUGGAGUUCCCUGCCGAACAACGCCGUCUUCCAGGCAGCAGCCCGACCACACCGACACUGACCUACACAGAGGAGUCUCCCAUGUUGUUUGACAGUCAGAGUCCACCCAUACCAGAACAUUCAGCCCCCAUCAGCCCUCAACCGCCAGACACUGAUAACACAGUUCCCAGACAAGAUGAGCAAUCAGACCGCUGGCCAGCCAUUGUCCUCUACGCCAUCAUCAAGGAGGUUCCCCUGCGUAGGUGGAAGGAGUUUUUGCGUCUUCUCUCGGUGGCCGACCAACAGCUGGAGCGGAUCGAGCUGGAGGCCGGUUUGGUUCUAGGCUCCAUGGAGAAGCAGUACCAGAUGCUGAGGCUGUGGAGUCAGCGCUCCACUGCCAGCCUCAGUGACAUUUUCUCUGCCUUAUGCCACAUGGAAUUAUCCGGCUGUGCCCAGCUGCUGCAGGAAAACCUGGACAAGCUGCCCUGGAAGCCUGAUCCAAGGCAAGGCUCCACAGCCAGCAGAAGUCCAACAGGCUGUUGUUUGAACGGAGCAGUGCACACCUGAGGCUGCACCUGGAGACACAAGUACGAUGCUGUCGAUAAUACAGCUGGAGAUUCUUUAACAAAGGACGCCAGUGCAUAAAACUAGAGACUUCAAGUUUCUGGAGAGGACAUUACUAAAGGUGAUGCCUACAUGGUGCAACCACAGACAACCGCUGUAAUGCUGUAAAUGACUCAUAGUGAGUAUUGCAAAUUUAGAUAAUUAUCUAAAUAAGAGUCACACGGCGUGGGGGAGCACAAUGGAGAAGUAAAUGUUGCUGAAAAUAUUUGUCAUAACUGUUGACUGUGUCAUCGUGUGAACUCCGGGUACAUGUACUGUAUGUAUUUUCCUGAUAAAGUAAAAAAAAAAUUUUUUAAAACUUAGAUCAUCAAGUUGCUUCCUCAGGUGCAUAUAACAGCAAUAGUAGCAUUUUUAUGAAGCACAUAAUGCCUCUUAAUGUACAUGGCGUACUUUAGUAAUCUACUGUAUGUGGAGAGACUACAUAUAACAAAUGAUGGAGGGGAAUCCCUUCCUUUAAGCAAAGCCUACUGUCAAGACACCCUUUAAGUACACCACUUAACCUCCAGCUUCUAGUGUGGCAUCUCUUAAAGGCCAAAUGCGGGGGCUUGUGGUUUUUACAGCACAAUGUGCUGCGAUGUCAAUGUAUGUGUGUGUAGAAAGUAAGAAAAGGAAGUAGUCCUUCCCUUAUGAAAGGUACAAAUUGUUUUACCUCCAGGAUCUCACUUGUUUUUGUUUUGUUUUUAGAUAAGCGUUUGACUUUUUCAGUUUGAAUGUUUAAACUGCUCGAACAUUUUACGUACAUCUGUGAUGUCUGAACCACGACUGACAUCUUGUUUGACAUGAAAGUCUGGUACAACAGCUCAGCCUCUGGUUCGUGUUGCGCACCCUCGCAAAGUAAGAAAACUGAAAUCCCCAAAGGACGUCAGAUUUUCAGUUUCCUGCAAGUGAAUGGUGUCAAUGUGCAGAAGGCUGGGUUUUUCCUCACCACACAUAUUCCAUUCAAACUGAUGGUUUUCUCUUGUGGUGUUUGGGUAUCUCACUUUGAGAGUUUUUGUGUGUCAGUUUGAUUUACUGGCAGUAAAGGACUUGGACUUUCCAAUUUAAGGAGUUUAAUAAUGAAAGUUUCAAUCCAGAACUAGGUCAUUUGACGUUAAGACAUAGGUGUGUGUGUGUGUGUAUAUUUUACAGGUAUGAUUUUAUUAUUUAUCAGCUACUUAUGGAUGAUUGCAUAUUUUGUUACAGAGCUCAUUGUGUGAAUUAUCUGUUAGAUGUAUUUUUAUCUUCACCGAUGGUACACAUGUGUUGUAAUGAUGUGCUGUAACAAGCCAAGUUCAAAUGUUGUCCUACAGGGAAUAAAACUGUUGGCCACAA